AUGAGAAUUUAUAUAUUUCAUAAUUUAGAAUUCGAAAAAUGGACUCAAUCAUUAUACAAUUCUAUCGCUAAUCACUCUGGUUCAAAUUCAGACGUUGAUCGAUCGUUAUGUGAAGUUCUUUUACAAAUACUUACAGAUUCUCUUGGAAUAAUUAACAAAACACCACAUGAUGCUUUCAGUCUUCAUGAGGCAGCAGUCAAAUUAAGUGCAAAUCAAGUUAAACAAUCACUCGAACAACUUUGGUCUCAAUCACGUUCAACAUCCACGUCGAAAAAACGCAUAACUUACGAAGAAUUUCAAAAUCUUGCAUUUUCUGUUUAUUUAAAAACUGUUAAACAGAUUCCCUGA